AUGGCCUGGAUGAGCUCCCUGAAACCGGCCGCCGCUCUCGUCCUGCAGCUCCGACGCGCGCCGACUGCUGCUGCUGCUGCUGCACCGGCGCUGCUACGCCGUCACAUCGCGACCUCCACGACGCGGCCGCACGGCGGUGACGUCGACGGUGAUGGCAGAGACGACAGCGGCGGCCGCGUGAUAGAUAACCCGCCGCCGGAGAUGGCGCCGCUGCCCGAGGACGCGCGCCGCCGCAGACGCCGCCGAGGCUUGGGGAGCCGGACCCCGCCGGCCCGCCGCUGCCGACGACGUCUAAGGACAAGCUUGGGGGCGGCGCCAUGCACGACGGAGGGAGGCGAAGGCGCAGGCGCGCCCGGGCGCAUGCCGGACAACGCCCCGCCGCCCGACGUGGAGCUGCCCGAGGUCUCCCCGGACGGCAGAAACGUGUAG